AGUGCAAAGUCUCGCUCCUCUGAAAUUCUUUUUAUUUCUUGUAAUCUGCAUUCCUAAUGUCAACGUUCAACUUCUACAACGAGGAAAAGUGACGUAGAGAAAACUUUAUGGACACUCCCGAAAUGGCGGAAACCUCGGCGCCAGUGACGUAGGCGGCGUCAGCGGAAGCGGAAGUACACUUGCCUGCUGCCUCCAUGUUGAGUGACACUUUCUCGUCCCGCCAUGGGCAAGAAGGGCAAAGUCGGCAAAAGCCGACGAGACAAGUUCUAUCACCUGGCGAAGGAGACGGGCUACCGUUCCCGCUCGGCUUUCAAGCUCAUCCAGUUGAAUCGGCGCUUUCAGUUCCUGCAGAAAGCCCGCGCCUUGCUGGACCUGUGUGCGGCGCCGGGAGGAUGGCUGCAGGUGGCUGCCAAGUUUAUGCCUGUAUCCAGUCUUAUUGUGGGAGUGGACCUGGUGCCCAUCAAGCCUCUGCCCAACGUGGUGACCCUGCAGGAGGACAUCACGACGGAACGCUGUAGGCAGGCCCUGAGAAAGGAGCUGAAGACCUGGAAGGUUGACGUUGUGCUCAAUGAUGGUGCCCCCAACGUUGGGGCCAGCUGGGUCCAUGAUGCUUACUCACAAGCCCACCUCACGCUGAUGGCUCUACGUUUGGCUUGUGAUUUUCUGGCCCGUGGUGGCUACUUCAUCACAAAGGUCUUCCGCUCCCGCGACUACCAGCCUCUGCUAUGGAUCUUCCAGCAGCUGUUCCGCCGUGUCCAGGCCACCAAGCCCCAGGCCUCCCGCCAUGAAUCUGCAGAGAUCUUUGUUGUCUGUCAAGGAUUCCUGGCUCCUGAUAAGGUUGACAGUAAAUUCUUUGAUCCAAAAUUUGCUUUCAAGGAAGUUGAAGUCCAGGCUAAAACUGUUACUGAGUUGGUGACCAAGAAGAAGCCAAAGGCCGAAGGCUACGCUGAGGGCGAUCUCACCCUGUAUCACCGCACCUCAGUCAGCGAUUUCCUCCGAGCUGCCAACCCUGUCGACUUCCUCUCCAAAGCCAGUGAGAUCUCGCUGGAUGAUGAAGAGCUGGCACAGCACCCAGCUACCACCGAGGACAUCCGGGCCUGCUGUCAGGACAUCAAGGUGCUGGGACGCAAGGAACUCAGGUCCCUCCUGAACUGGAGAACGAAGCUUCGGCGCCAUGUGGCCAAGAAGCUGAAGGAGCAAGCAAAAGCUCUGGACAUCAGCCUCAGUUCAGGAGAAGAGGAAGGUGAUGAUGACGAGGAGUCAACAUCUGGGAUCCCAGGAAAACCCUCUAAGGAGGAGGAGGAGGAAGAGCAGCUGGACCGGACACUGGCUGAGAUGAAAGCCCAGGAGGUGGCAGAAUUAAAGAGGAAGAAAAAGAAGCUGCUGCGUGAGCAGAGAAAGCAGCGGGAGCGAGUGGAGCUGAAGAUGGACCUGCCCGGGGUCUCCAUUGCUGAGGAAGGAGAGACGGGCAUGUUCUCACUGCGCACCAUCCGGGGCCACCAGUUGUUAGAGCAAGUCACGCAAGGAGACAUGAGCACUGCAGACACAUUUCUGUCUGAUCUGCCAAGAGAUGACAUCUAUGUGUCAGAUGCUGAGGAGGAGGAAGAGGAGGCAUCUCUGGACAGUGACCUGGAUCCAGAGGAGCUGGCAGGAGUCGGGAGACCUGAGGGUCUGAAGGAACAAAAGCAUGUGCAGUUUGCUGAAGAUGAUGAUGAUAAGGAAGAGGAAGACGAGAAUCCGCUGCUAGUGUCACUGGAGGAAAAGGCAGUACUGCAGGAAGAACAGGCCAAUCUGUGGUUCUCAAAGGACGGCUUCAGUGGCAUCGAGGACGAUGCGGACGAGGCCCUGGAGAUCAGCCAGGCUCAGCUGUUACAUGAAAACCGCCGGAAGGAGCGGCAGCAGCAGCAGCCGCCAAAGCAGGAGCAGCAGUCACCAUCAGCACCCCCAGCUUCAAAUUUGAAGACUCAAACUCAGUCUCUCCAGGGCCAGGAAACGGCCCCCGGGGAGACAGAGGUCCCCCCUAUCGGAGAUGACAGCUCAGACAGUGUCAGCAGCAGCAGCGAGGAUGAAGAGAGCUGGGCAGCGUCCCGUGGUAAGAAGCGAAGCCGGGGGCCACCAUCAGAUGAUGCUGGGUUUGAGGUGGUGCCUAUUGAGAACCCAGCGAAACAUCGGAUACUAGAUCCUGAAGGCCUGGCUCUGGGAGCUGUGAUUGCCUCUUCCAAAAAGGCCAAGCGAGACCUCAUAGAUAACUCCUUCAACCGGUAUGCAUUUAAUGAAGAGGAAGGGGAGCUUCCAGAGUGGUUUGUGCAGGAGGAAAAACAGCACCGGAUCCGGCAAUUGCCCAUUGACAAGAAGGAAGUGGAACAUUACCGGAAACGCUGGAGGGAAAUCAAUGCACGUCCUAUCAAAAAAGUGGCUGAGGCCAAGGCUAGAAAGAAACGGAGGAUGCUGAAGAAGCUGGAGCAGACCAAGAAGAAGGCUGAGGCUGUGGUGAACACAGUGGACAUCUCAGAGCGAGAGAAAGUGGCACAGCUGCGAAGUCUCUACAAGAAGGCAGGACUGGGCAAGGAGAAACGCCAAGUUACCUACGUUGUAGCCAAAAAAGGCGUAGGCCGCAAGGUGCGGCGGCCAGCAGGAGUCAGAGGCCACUUCAAGGUGGUGGACUCCAGGAUGAAGAAGGACCAGAGGGCACAGCAGCGGAAAGAACAGAAGAAAAAACACAAGCGGAAGUGAGCAGAGCCCCAGCGUUGGGCGAGAACAGGACAUGGCAGCCACGCCCUGGCAGUGAUCCUGGGUAGCAGGAGUGUUCUCCCAUCUCAUCUGCAGACACGGAGGAAUGUGGUGUGUGUGGGGGCUGGGGGUGAAAAGUCAAAACAACAACCCAUUAGCUGAAUAAAGCCAAGAUGAGAUGAA